AUGGAGUCACCAUCUUGGAUGUUCAGCAAAGCGUUAUCACAUCGUCAGAAAGUAUGUCGAUUGUUUAAACGAGCGAUGCGUGAAGUAGAUGGUUAUUACGGUAUGGAUAUUCUGGAAGCUCGUUUCCAGAAGGUAAUAAUGCGGGCUCGUUUCGAUGCCUAUAGAGAAGAAAGAGAUCCUGACAAAGCUCGACUACUAUAUUUAGAUGGCUGUCGUCAAGUAUGGGACGGAAACAUUGGACUACUUUCCGCUGUAAUUGGCUCAGACGUCGGUGGUGCAGCAUACAAUCGUGAUACGCAUAAUAUGCCCGAUGCAAUGCUCGAUAGUACAACGUGGACAAAUGUUGAACGUGAACAAUUUCCUUACUACUUCAAUCGACGUGAGCAAAGAAAGAAAGAACUACUUGCACAUUGGUCUAAGAUUGAGAAAGAAUGGGAUGAUGAAUUGGCUAAAAUCCAAACCGAACUACCGAAAGAGAAAGAAGCUGAGCAGAAAUAA